CUGAUGGCCGCUGGGCGAUGAGGCCAAGAGGGGGCUGCCAAGGCGAUGAAGGAGGCUGCGCAAUCGAAGAGGAGAAAGAGGAAGGCAACGACACCAGCUCCUCCUCUGCCGUAGAAGGGCAAAGUCCUUCGACAGACUUCCAUGAUGGAGGUCUUCGAUCCGGCGUGGCAACGAGAGUUUUCGAACGAGUUCCUGCAGUGGUGGUACGUGAGCGGGAUUCCAUUCGAGGCGGCGAGGAGGCCGGAGUACCAGCGAGUGAGGAAGCGGUUGCUCGAGUGUCCAUCGUAUACACAUCCUGCGUUGCCCACGCACCGUGUCAUUUCCGGCGACGACAUCCCAGAGCAGCAGCGAGUUGUGGCGAAGAUGGUGGCGGCCGUCCGCAAGGACAUUGUGGAGACGGGAGCGACUAUCCCCACGGAUGGUCGCAAGUCCAUCACUAGCGACCAGAUAGUCAACUUCCUUGCUGUUGGGCCCACGAGAGCCUACCUUUUCAGGACUGUGCAGCGUGACGGUGCUGUUCAGGAGACAGCCGAGGUCGUGGUCGAGCAAUGGAAGGACGUGUUCGACAAGUUCGGUGUUGAAAACGUCAACGCCAUUUGCACUGAUUCCGCGUCCGCAUAUGUGGCUGCAUCCAAACUCCUCGCGAAGGAGGAAGUCAAGUACAGUCGCAUUACUUGGCUUCCGUGUGCGGUCCAUGUCUGCAACUUGUUGUUGUCAGACAUUGCGAAGGACGGCACCCCCGGGAAGCUUGGGAAGAGGGAGGACACCAUCAUCAGGGCUCGAGCAGUCGUGCGUUUCAUCAGAGAGCACGGGGCAGCUCUCAGCCUUUACCGUCGGUUCUCUGCCGCCCACUCCUCUUCCGCCUCAGCAGUUGCGGCCACUUCCAGUGCUGCUCCACCAUCGUCUCAACGGCGAGGUAGAGAGCUUGUGUACCCCGCACAGACGAGGUUUGCCACGCACUACUUGAUGCUAGAGAGGUUGUUGGAUCGUCGCCGAGCGUUGGAGGCGAUGAUGAUGAGCGACGACUGGUUGCGGACUGCAUGGAGGAGGUCGAUUUACUUGCAGGCCAGUUGGGUGCGUCAUCAGGUGCGGUACGCGCCAUUCUGGGAGCACGUGGAGGACAUCGUGGAGUUGAUGACGCCUGUGAUACAGUUGCUGCGCCGUUUGGACAGAGGGGGGCGCGUGAUGACUCGCAUGUGGUCGUGGGCGCUUGCCAUGGUCAACAGAGUGGCGAGGGCAAUGCUGAACAGGACGUCGAGGGAGGAGCUCCACAUCGUUGUUCAGGCUUGUCAGGCGCGGAGGAACUGGGCCAUCCAUGAGCGUGUUCAGGUGAAGAAGCGUAACCAGCUUGGUUUUAUCAAGCUGGCUCGUUUGGUGGAGAUAUCCACCAACUUGAGAUUGAGUCGUUGUCAGGGGAGGGGUUCAGGGUACGUUCUGCCAUGGGAGGAUGUUGAGGAGGAGACAGAGGACAAUAUUCCUCCUCCUCGUGACGAGGGUGUUCGGCCAGCUGACCAAGUCACGGAGGCGCAGCGCGACCGGCAGGUGCAGCGCGGGUGGAAGGAUCGCCUUUCGAAGGCUCCGCCCAGCGUCGAGACGUAUUUCGGUCGUCGCGCCACGGUGCUCAUGCUGACUGAGUCGGACGCCGUGUGCGAUCCAGAGCCUGAUCCUAUGGCUCAUGCCCCGAUUGAGGCGGAGCCGUGGUCCGAUCCGGACGACCUGGCAGUGGAGUCAGAGUCGGGAGAUUCUGAUGAUUGGGGCGACGAUCAUCCCCCUCCACCUACAGAUCGACCAGGACAUGGCGAGUGGGGGACUCAACAGACUGUUGAGGAGGGACGGGGCAACGACGACGAUGAUGACAGGGAGGGGUACGAGGGCAGCAGUGAGGACGAGGAUGAUCCCGCCUAUUCCCCGCCACGCGGACGUGGUGACGACGACGACGACGAGGGCGGCGAUGGCACACAGACUGCAGGUGGUUUGCAGAGGCCAGGUCGAAAGCGUGCCGACCGAUGCAGUGGUGCAUGCAGGGGAGGCAGUGGUGCAGGCAGGGGUGUGGUGGGCGCACGAGACACGGGGGCUGCAGGCCGUGGUGGCGGAGGAUGGGCGAUGCAAGAGUCUGCAUCGUCCACUUUCACUGUGCACUGGGUCGAUGAGGGUGCCAUGACAGCAGAGGUUGGCGUCGGGUCGGGAGAGUUAGGUGCUGCGUCUGCAGAGGCCGUUGCAGAGGCCGCUCCCUCCAGCGUUGGGAGCGCUUCUGCGCAAUUGGGUGCCAGUUUUAGUGGUAUGUUGGAUGUUUCGUUAGGGUUUCCUCCGACACCGACAGGCGAGCGUGGCAGUGGUGAUGCGGACGCUGCGGCUACGCCCGUCAGUCAGGUACUCCGGGAUAAACCUUCAUGCAGCAUGGGUGACAUCAGUAGCAGCAUGUUGCAGGAGGCAGCAGCGGGGACACAGGGUUCGUCGGGGCAGGAGGAGUGUGCACCAGGGGAUGGUGGGGAUUGUCGAUCUGAGCACGAGCGAGCGCCUAAGUCGGAGCAGGACAGGAUCGACCGUGAGGAAGAGGAAGAUGGCGCAGGACUUGGUAGCCAUUGCCAUAUGACACAGAGCAUUGCGUCGAGAGCACGGGCACAACGGUUGCUCGAGACGGGCGGUGGUGAGGGUCAUCGUGCGACGGACGAUGCAGUGCUUGAGUGUGGCAGUGCGGGCGGUGAGGAGGCAGGCGAUAAACCCGCGUCGCCGGUUCAGGGUGUUUGUAUAUUGCCUAUCGGUGGAGCCAUGACGGCGGGGGAGUUGGAGCGGCAGGCACGGGAGGACCCAUUGCGGGCAUAUCGACGCGGACGGAUGGAUGAGACGUCGAGGAGGUUCAUGGCAGAUGCCCCAGCCUACGUGCCGUGCAGCCCAUCCCUGCCAUCGUCCACCACUGGUGCCACCACCUCCGUACAUGUUGAGGGUGCCACCACCGGCGGGUCCACCGCACCGGGACCUGCAGAGUCUCCUUCUCCCAAAUCGUGGAAGAAGAAGAUGAGAGCAGGCAAGAGUCUUAGUACUGUGAGGAGGGUGACGCAUGCGAUGCGGGAGAGUAAGCCCGGGUUGGUUGGUUUACAUCCGCGGACUCGGGAGGCAUUGGCCCGGGACGUUGUCGCGGACACAGCAGGUUGGCGGGAGAGGGCCUCCACCCGGGCGAUGGAGCAGCCCAUGACUGCACCUGUUGAAGCGGCGAUGCCACGUGCCGAGGGGUGCAUAGCAGGUAGGGGGGAGGAGGCGGAGCACAGUGCCCCCCCCGGGAGGAGCAUGGCCGGACGUAUAUUGGGGGAGGAUGUGAGGACUGUGCCUGCACAACGACCAUCAGAUACAACAUGCAUUUUGGAGUCUGGUACCGAUGAUUUGGAGAUUCCUUGUGGCCAGCGGACGAGGGUUUCCGUGUACGAUCUUCUUCGAGCACAGCACAGGGUUGAGGCGGCGCCACAGGGGGAGGUUCAUGCUCUGGGUACUGCGCACAGGCCUGUAGGAGGCACAGGUGGCGGUGACGAUGUCACAGGUGUGGGGACACAUAGGAGGAGGAAGGACAUUGUGGACGGCGACGAUGCUUAGUCCCACCAUUAGUCCUCUUUCGUCCUGUAUUUCUCAGUAGUGUAUACUACAUUUAGUGCAUUUGAUGAC